GCGAGAGCAAAGUGGAUUAAUUUUCAACCAAAAGGUUCUUGAGGAAAAGGAUAAAUCACAAAGAAAGAUGCUUGUAGGUUCACAGUCAUCAAAAAGACUUUCACUCCGCUGUGAUUUUCAAUUUUUAGUCAUCAAAAAGACUUUCACUCCACUUCGAUUUUCAAUUUUUAGUAAGAGAGUCUAAGAUGAGAGCAAGAAAAUACUGCAUAAUGACUUGUGAUCAAGCAUCCACAUAAAGAAUCUACUUUAACACAACUUGCUUAUUAUUGUGUAGGGGAAUCAAAGUUAGGUUACCUUUAGACUUAAAAAUGAUUCCUCUCUCUCUCUCUCUCUCUCUCUCUCUCUCUCUAGUAUAUAAAGCCCUGAGUUCGCUGUUACAUGCAGAAGCGUGUCUAGUGCUCCACUCUCUAUGGCCUCUAGUUUUGUUCCUGAUGUAUGGGGAUGGAUAGCUAGCCUCCCUCCAUUCACUCAAUGGAAUACAAAUUCGAUGUCUCUUUGCAUUUGCGCCCCAACAUCAACACAAUCAUCCAUGAAUCUCUCAAUCAUCAAAAACUCCCCUACCAAAAAUCCAUACAUAACCUUCUCUAUCUUCGCAGACCUCCACGUGCCAAUCUCCCUUUGGACCUCCGCACCUAUCCCCUUGAAAACCAAAACACAGCAGUCUUUGGAUGAAGACGAUUUAGUUGGCCUUUUCUUUGACAUUAUUAAUGUAGUCCUUAACUAUGGGCCCAAUAAGAAAUCCUCCUUAAGGUUCCCUCCCAUACAAAUAAGUGAGAACUUCAAAGAUGUCUUCAACCUAGUGUUCCUGACUCUUGCUUUCCUCAUUUGCAUCUACGAAUCCCCUAAUGACCUUCGAAGAAGAUGUGUUGACUAUCUGAAGACCCAGUUGACAAGUUCAAAAAGCAAAGAAACAUCAAAGCUUCUCGUGCGCAUUCUAGGGUCCAAUCUUGAAGAACAGUGGAUGAGAACAUUAAAUCUUGCGGUAACCAAUUGGAUCAUCGAGCUUCAGUCUUUGAACCGCUCGUUUAAAGCAAUAACGCCAUUGUUUUCAUAUGCCGUGUCGGCCAGUUCUCUAUGGAAGGUGCAGUUGUAUUGCCCAGUUGUAGCUAUGAGCAUGGUAGAUCCUAAUUCUACAACCCAAGAUGAAAGAUUACUCUUUUCUCUUAAAUAUCAGCAACUCGAGAGUGUCAUCCAACUCGCUUACAAGGUCAUAUUCAGGGAGAACUCGAUUGAUGUGAUGGUAAAUGUGGACAACAUAAGAUGCGAUGUGACGCCGUUGGCUUCUGAACCCUUAAUGGCUGAACGAGGCUAUGGCUCUGAAGAGAAACAUUUCCCCGCUCGCGUAUCUCUAAAACUCACACCAACACUUCAAUCAGACAUACUAUCAGUCACAGUAAGCAAAUCCUCCAACAACCCCACUCACGAAGUUGGCAUAGAGAAAGCCCUAGAAGGUUCAUUUGACCCCCCGAACUCUUACUUCGGUCUCCAUGUUUCCACAACAGAGAGUAUUACUAUGAGCAUGAAACCAUGGAAGUUUGAACAAUCGGUAUAUGGAGUCAGUGCAAACUUAAAUUGGUUCCUCCACGAUGGAAUAAAUGGGAGAGAGGUUUUUUCUUCUAAGCCUUCAAAAAUCUCUUUGCUUCAACCUAGGGCAUGGUUCAAAGACCGUUAUUCGAGUGCUUAUAGGCCUUUUACAAAGCAAGGGGGGGUGAUCUUUGCGGGAGAUGAAUACGGAGAUAGUGUGUGGUGGAAAGUGUGUGCAGGAGCUUUGGGGAAGACUAUGGAGUGGGAAAUUACAGGUUCGAUUUGGUUAACCUAUUGGCCAAAUAAGCAAAGAACCUUUUAUACUGAGACCAGGAAGCUGGAAUUCAGAGAACUGCUCUAUCUGUCCCUUCCAAAGGUUGGAUAAAACUGAAUUUAUCCUCUUCCUAAUGUUGUAGUUUAAAUUUAAGGUCUUAUAGAUAUGGUUGUAAUGUAUGUUUUGCGAACAAUAGACCUUUUAUUUCAUCCAUAUGCUUAUUUUAGGUUGUUAUAUAUGGUGGUUUUAGACCUUUUAUUUCAUCACUGUGUUUGUUUCAGGUUGUUAUAUAUUUGAAUGAAAUAUAUAUUUCUACA